ACUGUAGGCUAGCUUCUAGCCUUGAGGCUGCGCGGUACAUUUGUGUUUUGUUGGAUGAUGAGGUUUGAAAGUCUGUGCAGUUAUGGUGGGGUUACCGAGGAAGAAAUAGAAUUAGUCAGCCCUGAACUAGUUACUAAACUUAAUAUUGCAUUUGAUAACAUCUAUCACGAUGCUGAAGUGGCGAAAGAGGAACUUGCGAAACUUCAGAAAGCUCAAGAAAAUAGUGCGUUGCAUUAUUCUGAAGAGCAGUACAAACUUAAGUCAGCAUCUGAAGAAUUAGAGAAAAAGCUGAAAGAAUGCAACGAUGCACUUUACGCUAUCGAAGAAAAGCUUCAUAAUGUUAAUGUGGAGAAGGAGGAUUACCGUACAAAAUUAAACGACUGUUUGUCCGUUAAUAAUGAGCUUAACCUCGCUAUCCGUGGAUUAGAAAAUGAGAAAGAAAUUUUGUCAGAUCAACUAAAGAAUAAGCUCGGGUUGAUUGACUCUCUAACUUCUGACAUUAGCGAGCUACGUACAGAAGCCGAAAAUGUUCGGAAACUAAAAAUAGAAAUGAUGUUGAAGUCGGAAGAUAUUAUCGGGCGUGAGUCGUCGAUAAAAGCUCAAGAAGCUCGUUGGUCAGACGAACUAUCUAACUUACAGCGACACAAUGACUGGUUAGAGGAACGUCUCCAACAGACAACUGAUCAGUUACUGACGGUUAGAAGAGAUUCGUACCAAAAGUCUUACUCUCUCGAAGCUGAACUUGGUCUUCGUAACGUUGAACUUGAGAACUCCAAACAGUGCAUUGAAAGACUAGAAACAAAUGUACAGAAGCUUACUCAGACAAAUGACGAGUACAUCGUCAAACUUAAACUAGUUACGGAUGAACAAAUAAAAAUGGAGCAGUUGUACGGAAAUGAAAUUGAGGCACAGAAGCAACUUAUAAAACUAUACAAAGAACAAGUAAAGGAGCUAGAAGAAAAAAACGAGGAGCUUAGUAAUGCUGCUUCAUCCAUCCAGGGCCUCUUAAAGGAAGCUUAUGAGAAUGUGUCAAGGUUGGAGAAUGAAAACUCCUCUUUACAAGCGAAAUGCAGUGAAGCAAAUUCCAAACUACAAAUAGCUACUGAAAAUCUCGCUUCUGAGAUGGAAAGAAGUCAACAUCUUCUGGAUAAGUUCAGAGUGGAUGGUCUAUCUGAGGAAGAGUUACGUCAGCUUAACCCAUCUGUGGCCGCUACGCUGAGCGCUUUAAAGCGUGGACAUAGUUUAACACAGUUGUAUACAGAUUAUGUGCAAGUUGUUGAAGAUCGAGACCAGCUCAAACUUGAUAAACAACGAUUGACGGAGUAUGUGGAACAGAUGGUCGAUGAACUCAAAGAAAAAGCUCCUCUCCUACGAAGCCAGCAAGAAGAGUAUCGGAAAUUACAAACGGAGUUGAAAGAGCUUACGUCUUGUUACCAAUGUACAGCGAAGAAGUUAGAAGAAGCGCAGUUGCAAAAGCGAGAGAGUGAGCGACGUGCUGGAUUUUACCAUCGAGAGACCAGUAGACUUAAACAAACGUGCUCCGAUCUAUCCAAACAAGUGAAGUCUCUGUUGUAUGAAGUUGAAGUAUCUAGGGGGACUGUUAUUCGUAAUGAAGGAGAUUUUUGUGCCAAGUCAGACAUAAGGGAUUCAAACGAACCUGACGAUCAUCCAGUUCCAGAUAGCUCAGUGGAUAUAACCAAUGUUUCAAGCGUGUUGGAAAAUCUAGCCUCCUCUGCAAUGAUUAUUGAUGAUCAUCUUGUCACAUGGAAAAACUUAAAUGAGUUACAGUCUCAAAAUCAACGACUGCUCUGCGUUGCUCGUGAUCUUGCUGCCCAGCUAGAAAAACACGAGCAAGAAGAUUUGGACACAAUUAAGCGUAUGUCUGAGCUGUCUUCUCGUGUUGAAACUUUAUCUGGUGAAUUGGACGUUGUACGUUUAGCCGCUCGUGAAGCACGAACAGAGGCAAACAUGUUUUCUCAGCAACGUGACCAAUAUCGUGCUUUAUUGAAAAAAUAUGACAUCGACUUAUCUGAUAAAGAAGAACUUAGUUCUGCUCAGAGUCAAGAGUCUAUUUUAGAUGAUGUUAAUCCGCUAAGUCGCUGUAUGGUCAAUAAUAAGACUCCAAGUAAGGGUUCUCCUCCCAGCAAUGGAUCCUCUGCUGUUAUUGAGCGUCUAGAAGGUGCUCUAAGCUCGUUACAGGCGGAAUUCGCACGUUAUCGGGAAGACAAGUUGGAGUCAGAUCAUGUAUAUACUACUACAGUCGAUAGUCUACGAAGAGAAUACAACGAAGCUCGACUUUUAAAUCAGAAACUUAGCUCACAACUUGAUUUCACUCACGAAAAGCUGCGUGCAUCAGAAGCUAAUGUUGCUGGAUAUAAACAAGAAAUUACUAUCCUUCGUGAAAUGAAUGCCCGCUACUCAACUUCUGCAGCCUCCAGUGAAGCAGAAUUAUCAAGACUUAGAGAUGAAUUAACCCAUGCAUCUGAUCGCCUCACAACAGCAGAAGUGGAUGCAAGACAUUUUUCGCGACAGUUGGAAGCAGUGCGAGCUAAUGAGACUCGCCUUAAACAAGAAAUAGAUUCAUUACGCCGCCAUGAUCAAAUCCAUUCUCAGCUUAUGCAUCAACUUCAGUCUAUACAAGGAAGUCUCGAACAAAGAGAGUCAAUGGAUCGUUCAUUGAAUGAACGAAAAAUUGAACAGCUGGAGAAGCAACUAUCUACUGUCAAUUCAGCUCUUAUAGAUGCUUCCAAGACCUCCCAAAUAGCUCAACAAACUUUGCAACACGAGUUAGCCCUUUCUCGUGAGUCCGUAGAGUCUAGUGGUAGAGAAAUUCAACAAUUAAAUACCCGGAUACGAGAUUUAGAGGAAAGAUUGGCAGCUGUUAAAUCUCAUGAUGACAAUAUGGAACCAAGUAUAUCUGAAUCAUCUCCUGAGUGUUCGAAAAAGGCUCAAAUUCGUGUUCGUGAACUGGAACAUGAAAUUGAAAGUCUCAAAUCCAGUUUAGAGUCAUCUCGGCAGCAAUGUGAUCGCAUGAAAACGUUGGCUGAACAAGCUGAAGAGCGUCUCAAUGAAAUUGUGGAAGAGAAUAAACGGCUGGAAGAGCACUUUUCACGUGAUAUGUGUGAGACUAAACAGCGUUGUGAGUUUUUAGAGGCACAACUAGAUCUAGAAAGAAAAGAACGUCAAAAUCUUGUAAAUGAAAAUAUACGAACUACAGAAGAAGCCCAUAAGUUGAAUGCAGAUUUACGUCGAGAAUUGGCUAGCUUACAGAAUGAAUUAGAAAGCUCCAGAACUCGUUAUGAAUCAGCUCUCCAAGUAGAAGCUGGUGCUAAGGCCCAAAUAGAAUGUCAUCAACAGGCUGCGCAAGAAGCUCGUGAUAAAUAUGAACGUGAAUUGACAUUACAUGCACACGAUGUGGAGCUAUUAACAACAGUACGUUCACAAUUGGAUUCUAUUAAAAUGCAUUCCGGUGAAUUAGAACAGGAAUUAAAUGAAUCUAGAUCGAAAGCAGAAACUGCAAUGACUGAUUUAAAAAUUCAAAUGGAGUUAUGGGAAUCGGAGAAGCAGGAGUUGAACAGGCAAUUGAAACAAAGUCAAGAAGACCAGAAUUUGUUACAAGAUCAAAUAAUUCAACUUACACAACAAAUGGUUUCAUUGCGAAAAUCUUUAGAUAAAUCAAAUAUUUCUGCUGAAGACAGCAUGAGUUCCACUCAAGAUAUCGAGUCAAUUAAUUCAGAUAUAAAAACCUCUGAGGAAUUAUUACAAGUUAUUGGUUACCUCAGGCGUCAGAAAAACAUGGCAGAUGUUGCUCAUGAAGCUGCUAGUGCUGAAGUAUCCCGGUUGUUAUUGCGAGUGUCUAGUUUGGAAUCACAAAAGGAAAAUUUACAAUCUCAAAUCGAUAAUGAACGUAAAGCUGCUGAAUUAGCUAUGGAAACUGCUCGUAAACACUCUGAAGUUAUGGAACGUGUUGAACAAUUAAAUUUGGUUACUGAAUCUAAUCGAUUACUGCGUCAUGAAAGAGAGGUUUUACGAUCAAAGUUAUCUGAUGCAGAAAAUCAGCUUGCAAAAUUGAACGAUGAAGUUGGCCCAUUAAAACAGUCCAACAGUGAUUUGGCUGCUCAGAAAGAUAUUCUAAUGUCUGACAAACGAUCACUUGAAGAAGAACGUGACCGUUGGAAGGAGCGUUGUAGUCGAUUAGUAGAAACAGCUCAACGCAUGGAUCCUGAACAGUAUAGGCUUGCAUGUAAUGAACGCGAUGAAUUACAACGUAGAUUAAAUCGAGCUGAGGAAGAAGUUCAAAAUAAUGCUAAUAAGUUAUAUGAAUUAAAAAAUGAAUCAGAUGACCAAAUAAAAAAGCUAAAUGAUCUUUUGGAAAGUGCGCGUAAUUCAUAUCAGGAAGCUGAACAGAAAAUUUCUUCAUUCAGUGUUCAAGAAAAUUUAUUAAGAGAAGAUUUAAGUGCAAAAGAGACAACAAUUAUGAAACUUCGUGAAAUCGGACGAAAAUAUCGUCAGGAAACCGAGGUAUUACGACGAAAACUCAAUGAUAGCAGAUCAGAUGAAGCUCAGCUUCAAACUACGAAUGAAGCAUUAACUGAAGCUAAAGCGGAUUUGGUUACUUUACGUUCUGACUAUUCUUCUUUACGUACCGAAUAUGAUCUCUUGGAAGCAAGUGUAACAGAAGCUCUUCAGUUUUUAGAUGAAGUGAAGGCUAGAGAAUCAGUUAUAACAAUUAUGAAUUCAUCUGUUGAAGGAUCAGAUAUUGAAAUAAAUCCUAAUAUGUCUAAUGGUCAAAAAGUGGUGAGUGAAUUUCGUCGUAUUCUGUCAGGUUUAUGUAAUGAGAUCGAUCGUUUACAACAACAUUCGGAUUCUCAAAAAGAACGUUUACUACGAACUCAACUUAUAGAAUCUCAAUUGACAAAAUCUCAAAAAGAUUGCACAGAACUUCGGGCUCGUUUAAUUGAGCUUCAAUCAAAUAGCGUACAUCCUCAAACUGUGUCAGUAUGUUUGCAAACCAGUGGAGCCUCAUCUCCUGCAGCAUCAACUUUGCAGGAAUCCGAGUCCCAAGAUGGUGUUCAGAUAACGCACACAUUUGUAUCACGGGCUUUGGCUUUAGGUGCUUCCCCAACAAAUCAAGCCACAGGGAAUCAGUUACAUUUCGAAACUCCCACUUCUUUGAACAUUACUGAUGGUAGUAGUACGGAAACUACAAGUUCUGUCAUAUCUCAAUCAAUUCCUGCUUGGAUUAUGCGUGCUGGAGCCACUGUACAACCGGUCCAUCCAACACCUGCUAUUACUCCACCUAAUUCACUUGCUGGUCCUAAACAGACAGCAGAAAUAAGACCUAUCACAAGUAAUGUAGCUGCUGUCAUGCCAACCCCAGCACCAUCAUCAGUCCCGAUGUUGAUAACAAGUGGUCAGUCAGAAAAUGUUCCUAUUUGUGGACCCUCAAGUAUUGCAAUUUGUUCACCUGUAUCUGAUACUACUGUAGGUCCCAGCUCAUCAUUGUUUACGUCUUGCGAUCAGAAUGCUGCGUCUCUAUUGCGAAAUACAUUUCUACGCCGAGGUAAUAUCCUUAAUCAGCCUCAAAGUAACAUUUUAACUCCGGCUUGUUCUUCCAGCGUCCCAACUUCAGCACCUCGUUCGACUACAGUUAGCAUAACUGGAAAACGUCGAUUCGAAGAAAGUUGUUCAAGCAGUACUGUGGACUCAAUACUUCAUAUUAUACCACCAGUAGAUGAUAACAUGGUUUCAACAAGUGAAGUUUCUAGAAAUAAUGAAAACUCGUUUUUGUCUGCCAUUAACACUAACCAUUUCCAUCAGCAACAAUUUAACCCUGGCUCUAUUCCUUCUGAAUCUAAGCGUAUACGCCAGGCAGUGGUCAGUGGUCCCAGCACAUCAAUAUCUUUUACCCAGGCAAGUCCUAGUCCAAUUGUCCUUGGUAGAUCACCCUUCGGUACCAGUGCACCUGCUACAACUCCGUUACAUGCAACUGCUUCUCGUUUAGUUGCUGGACAACAAGAAGCCAGUAGCUCUACAUUAGGUACACUGACAGUCGCUACCGGUGUAGCUGGUAUCAUAACUCCUGGAACAUUUGAAACCUCAGAAAGUGUGGAACGAUCAUCAAAUGAAGCCGGUGUAGAAAUAGAACAAGCUACAGCUGAUAUUGUUACUAGACAAGAGCUUGGUGAAAAUGUAAGAGGUGGGAUUGAUGUACCUACGAUGGAUAGUCACACUGAAAAUAUUGAAGUUGUUGAGUCUGAAGUCCGAACAUCUGAUCAAAAUUUAACUAGUCCUAUGAAACCUACAUCAAGUACGCUAGAAGAGAUAUGCGAGUCUUCUGAUGAAGAACAAGAAUGUUAUUCGGAAAAUGAUGCUUUUUACGAUGCUGAUCAACGUGAAUCUGGAUCCAUGGAUGAUGAAUAUGUCGAAAGUGAUUCAAAGGAUUCCUCAUUUGAUGUUAAUAACAAUAAUAACAUUAGAUUCAAUGCUGUUCCUACAACCUCAAGGCCGUCAGAAUUCGCUACAGAAGAUCUUUGUAAACAGGAAGUUGAUACUGUUUACAAUGAAAGUUCUGUACCUGAAGAAGGAGAAGCAGAAGACUACAUGGAAGAAGGGGAUUAUGAUGAAUAUGAAAGAGAAGAUGAAGCUAAUUGUGAUUCAUAUACAGAAGAUGAAGAGGAGGAAGAAGGAGAACAAGAAGUAAUCGAAUUGAGUAGUGGUUCUGAUGAUGAUACCCAGGCACGUGGUGCUGAUGCUGAGGAGCACUACUCUUCUGGUGUGGAAAAUUACGGCAACGAGGAAACAAAUGAACACAUAGCACCUACAGAUGUGGGAGUACCUGAAAAUGUCGGUGAUUGCAAUGAAAGGGUAGGUGAGGAUGAUGGGCAAUUACAUUAUGAGACAAACAGUACGGAGAAAAGUGACUCCACUCCUCAGAUUUCAGAAAACGUACCAACUUCUCUCAAUACGGAGAUGGAACCUAUUUCUUCUAGCAAGGGUUUAUUUGGCGAAUCAUCUAUUCCUAGUCUCUUUAGCAACUCUGGUCUGCCCAAAUGUUCCGGCUCAUUAUUGGGUUCAUCUGGUCUUUUCUCCGGUUUUAAGCCUUCUUCACUAACUGUUCCAUAUUCAGUUGCUACUACUGAGUCCGGACUUCCGUCUGGUAGUUGCACGGGACUUUUCAAAUCAUUUUUGCCAGUGAAUACAGUUCCAAGUUCAACCGCCACUCCAUUACUUUUUAAACCUUCUACAUUCUCUGCUUCAAUUGCAGCUUCCAAAGAACCUUCAGGCUCUGGGGAUUCUAGCACAGCUCGACCAAAGAUUCAACCCAUUGUCUGGGAUUCCUUCGACCCUUCUACUGCACAGUCAAGUGUAUCAGAUAGUGCAUGUACUAGUGGGCCGGCUCGAAGAAAAAAAUGGUGUCCUGUUGCUUCUGUGCCAAGAGCUACUAGACGUUCCAGCCUACCUACUAGUAGAGGUUGUGCUACUGGAAAGCCUGGAUCUAUUCGCGGUGGUUUACCUCCUAGAAGAGGUUAAUGACUAAACAAUACUGUUGCUGUAUAUUUAAGAGCUAAGAUUUAUGCCCAAUUCCACAUUUGUUUUCAUUUUAGCAUUUCUUUAUCCCUCAAAGUGUUUCUUGCGUAACUUUGAUGUAUUUAAAGUAUAGUCUUGUAGUCUGCAGUAUACUAGUUUACUUUGAGUGAAAGAGAAUGAACAAUUAAUUGGAUUAUGUAUGGGUUAUUGAAUUUAUAUAUUAACUUCUUACUAGG